AAAAUGUUUUACUUUUUGCUUUUUAAGGUUAAGUAAUCUCUGUUAUCGCCUCUCCUUUCUGAGCCGCUGAGCUCCAGCAGAACGACACUUCCCCAGCUCAAUAAAGGGAUGAAGCUCAAUUAGCAUUUCACAAGUCCCGUUCCCCCUCCGCCGCAGCCUUCCCCGUGGAGCCCAUGCUUUUCUGGGGAUUGUCCUGUUUUGGGCCCUUGUUGCGGUUGGCAGGGUGACAGUAUUCGAGUGUGCAAACUUGUGCCAUUGUCCUCCGGCCAGAGGGAGCCAUGGAGACCCCAUAAUAUGACACAGGAAAAUGUUUGCUGAUGGCAAUUCUAUGGGCUUUGUCCGAGUCUUUUUUCCUUCAUGACGACUCGAUUUAAGUCUCUAAAUGUUUGACUACAAAUGCAGGAGUGCUAUCCAGCUCCUUCCCCUUUGUCCCGCCAGGUUUGAAUGAGUAAUUCAGCCUUUGUGUCGCUCGAUUGAGGGGGCAAACAGAAAGACAAGAUUCUUGAGCGUUCAAGCCUCUUUCCAUGGUUAUGCGCUCUUUAGAUCCCCCCCACCGCCACCAAAUCCUACAGCUGACAUCAUGUGGAAGGCAUUAAACCUCAACUUUAACCCGUGCAACAGGAAGUUAAAGCAUGUCCAAUACGAUAUAUUUCAUUUAUGUUGAAUUAUUUUGCGUAAAAGGAGCAGAGUGAGAAGCGGGUUUUUUGGGGGAAAUAUCGCGUUUCCAGGGCUGGGCUUUCCAGAUCUCCAUGGCAGCAAUUUGCGCUGGUGAAGAAUUUGAUACCAAGGCGCUUGGAGACUGAUUGGAGUGCAUUGUGAUGGGUCUGGGGUCGCUGAUUGGUUCAAGGGAAGGAGCAUAACUACAAAGGGUUUAUAUUCAUUCAGCUUCCUGAAGUACCUCUGCAGUCUGGAGGGAAGCUUCGAUUAAAACGAUUGUGUCGGUGGAUUAUGGUUCAUAUUUCUAUAAUGGACUCAUGAAGUGAGCCAAGGAGCUUCUGGUAAAGAUGUCAAGUGCAGACAGCGAAGUUAAAACUUUACUCAACUUUGUAAAUUUGGCAUCCAGCGACAUCAAGGCGGCUCUGGAUAAGUCGGCUCCCUGCAGGCGCUCCGUGGAUCACCGGAAAUACCUACAGAAGCAACUCAAGCGCUUCUCACAGAAGUUCUCCAGAGUCCCGAGAGGUCAGACUCUCACUUCUGCGGACUACAGGUGCGCCAGAGGAGCUGAGCGUCAAAGGGUGACCGCGACGGAUGAGGCCAGCUCCGAUGCGCAACUUGCGCAGAGCGUAGGCGGCGUAAUGGACCAGGUGCCGAUGCGGAAACGACAACUACCAGCGUCGUUUUGGGAGGAACCCAGGCUAACCAAAGCCAGGAGAGACAAACCCUGUUUGGAUUUGAGAAGAAGCAGCAGCUCGGGGACAUCUGAUGGCGGCGAGAAUGAAAGGAGGAGAAGGAGUCAGGAGGACGCGCAAAAAACCGCAAACUCCUCAUCCGGCAGGCGCAGCUCUGCGGAAAAAGAAGUGCUGAAACUGGAUCUGACUUCACAUCGCUCCGUGAGUUUCUGCAGCUGCUGCCCCUUCCAGUUCCAAGGACAUCAGGUCCUCCACAGCCAGAUUGUUGUUCCGCAUCCUCCCUUUGGUCUGUGGAGCAAGGCAGCAGAGCCGGAGAGGUCCGAGCAUCCGUACGGACAGAAACUCCACACGCACGUUGUGGUGAAACCGAUACCGACCAAGGCCACGGCGCAGUCUCCGAUCUUAAGCGUGUUUGGGUUCAUUUAAUCUGCCCGUCACAUGAGGAUGCGGUGCCGUUUGUAAAGUCACAGACAAACAUUUACAGAAAUAAUUUGGGUCAUUUAGCCUGUUACAAGUGAAAAAAGUUCAUUUUUAGUCAUUUUUGCCACGUUUUUUUAUUUACUUAGAAUGUUACUGUUUCAAGCUAAAUGAAAUAUUCAGUGUACAAGCUAAAUAUUUACUUAGAAAGCGAAAUAUUCAGUUGAAAGUUAAAUAUUUAGCUCAAUACUUAAAAGCUAUCUUGGUAGCUAACUAGCUCGGAGGUACCUAUUUAGGUCUGACCUAAAUAGCUAGACAGCAAACUAAAUAUUGAGCUAGCUCAGAGCUAAAUAUUUAGCUGGUAUGCAAAUUCACCUGCCAGUAGGCGGAAGUGUCUGUCAGAGUAAAAGCUGGGUUUGCUGACCUCCUCUGUAAACGCCUGAGCUAGCUAAAUAUAGCUUGCUAGCUAAAUGUUUAACUCUGAGCUAUUUAGUUAGCAAGUUUGGAAAUAAGUAUAUAGCUAGCUCAGAGUUAAAUAUUUAUUCAAAUUAACUUGCUAAUUGAUGGAAAUGUCUGCCAAAAUAAAAUCUGGGCCAAGCUAGAUAUUUAACUUGCUAACUAAAUGUUUAACUCUGAGCUAAAUAUUUAUUUU